AUGUCGUCACAUCAUCGCUCCGGUGGUCCUCCUUCGUUGAUGGACGAUGUGCCUGAUUUUGAUCGUAGUUUACAUUCACAUCGUUUCGAAGGCGGAAGAGGUGGCCGAGGUCGUGGUGGUGGAAUGCGAGGAAGAGGUGGUGGUGAUGGAGGUGGAAUGAGAGGAAGAGGCGGUGGUGAUGGUGGUUUUGGUCCUCGAGGUGGUUCUCGUGGUGGACGUGGCGAUUUUCAUCAACGCGACCGUUUUAAUAAUAAUAAUUUUAAUCGAUCUUAUGAUGAACAACGUGGGGGUGGCGA